AUGCACAGGGCGUAUCAGUCGUUCACGCCCGCGAAUAAUGUGUUCCUCAAACAUAAGUGGGACAGGGAUGUCUACAAAACACACCGCCGGAAAGUUGCAUCAGCUAAAGCAGUGAUUGACAAUAGUCCACCAAGAGAAUACCAGCACUUGACAGUAAAUCUGAAGAAACUGCAUUAUGAGGCGGUGAGAGAAGCGACAAUCAAGAGGGACAACCGGAUGUUGAACGGCAAGAUGGGUCGCAUCAUGAAGAUAGGCGGCUACACUGACCACACGCUGUCGGACAAAUACAUGGGGAAAAGUCUUAACAACGAAAAGCACCGUCGGGAGCUGCUGCGAGUGGCCAAUGAGAACCGGAACAUUCUGGGGCGGCUACGGGUCCGCGAGCCUCACUACGACCACCACGCCCACCUCAGAGACUGGCAGUUGAGCCGCCAGUACCUUCGGAACAUCUCCACUUUCCCGCCGCCGCUGUUGCUGUAUUCACGUUCGGGCAACAACAACAACGCACCGACCCUAUACCCAUACAGCGUUUUGCCUGCGCUGAAUGCCGAAGCGGGACGAAAUAUUUAG